UUGGAAAGAAAAGACAUGUUUCUCUAAAAAGCGGGGUUAAUCCCCUUAUGUUUGAUGUCCAUACUAACAUCAAGGAGUGAACAAACUGUGCCCAGAGGAGGAAAUAUCACAACACCAAUGCGCAUAUUAGAUACCUUCUGAACGGAUUUCGCUACAAUAUUUUUGAAACUAACCAAAGCUUUUCUCCGGAAUUCUACCCAUAAGCUACUAUAUCCAUAAACAUUUAUCACGCGGAGCGUUUGAAGAAAUGCCGAGUCGGUUCCUGCUAACCCAUUUUCGUGCUUACGCUGAACAAAACCAAGCCAGCUGGCAUGGCUAGGCGCACAUCGUUAGUUAAAAACGAAAUUUCCGCGCGCAAAAUUCAAUACUUCGUAUGCUCUUCUCACAUUUGCCCACAGCUUGAAGAACUCAGCCAGCACGGCGUAUAUUCACUGGUCGCAUGUUGCUCCUCGAACUCUCGUCCGUACGCAGUCGCCUCAAUGUGGCAUAGCUUGAAAGCAAAGUUCUCACACCACUGCAACCGGAAAUGCCAUGGCCCGUCACAAACGAACCAUAUUGCAAUGCAAUCGUGUGGACAACUACAACACCGCCAACGAUCGACCAGCAUAUGCGUCUACAGCAGUCGAACUGCAUAGAUGCGUACAAUCAAAUUGCAACGAUUGCAUCGAUAGUAGUGCGUGUCAGAUAACGUUGGCUACGAAGGUGCGUCGAAAAUCUCGGCAUUCGCCGCCUAGGCGCCAGUUUUCAAUCAGCUUUCAUCUGCCUCUACCCGCAUUUCAAGCGCCGCUACAGAGCCUACUCACGAUCCCGCUUGCGCAAUUACUUUGGCUGCUUUGCUGUCUUAGUCUAGCCCAUCCCACGGUAGCCGAUUGUCCUAGCAUGUGCGAGUGUAAGUGGAAGAGCGGCAAAGAGUCAGUUUUGUGCCUUAAUGCGAAUCUCACACAUAUCCCGGUGCCCUUGGAUGCUGGCACACAAGUGCUCGACUUAACCGGCAACGAUAUUGCCAGCAUACCACACGACACAUUUGCUGCGGUGAAUUUGCUCAAUCUGCAGAAAGUUUACUUGGCCAAAUGUAGAUUGCGCAUUAUCGAGCGAUUUGCCUUUCGCAAGCUCAUCAAUUUGGUCGAACUGGAUCUGAGCUACAAUCUGCUCAGCAGUAUUCCCGCACAAGCGUUCGAAUUCAUAUCCGAACUGCGUGAAAUCAAGCUCAACGGUAAUCCAAUUUUGCGGGUGCAAGAUGAUGCCUUCGGUUUUGUGCCGCAGCUGGUGCGUUUGGAGUUGUCCGACUGCAAAUUGGCGACGGUAGAGGUGCGUGCCUUCGCUGGACUCGAGUCCACAUUGGAAUGGCUCAAGUUGGAUGGCAACAAAUUGAGUGAGGUGCGCUCAGGCACAAUAACAUCGCUUACAAAUUUACAUGGCAUCGAGCUGGCACGAAAUCAAUGGAAUUGUUCCUGCGCGCUACGACCGCUGCGAGCGUGGAUGCUGCGUGAAAAUAUACCAUAUGGCAUACCACCUUUGUGCCGUGCGCCAACGCGUCUUGCGGGUAAAACGUGGGAUAAAAUUGAUCUAGACGAUUUUGCGUGUGUGCCACAGAUAAUUGCCACCGACACAACGGCGCACGGCGUGGAAGGUCGCAAUAUUACCAUGAGCUGCUUCGUCGAAGGUGUGCCGGAGCCAUCGGUUCGCUGGAUGGUGAAGAAUCGGGUGAUUGCAAAUCUUACAUCAACGGGUGACCCAACUGCAAGUCCGCGCACUGCGGCAGCCACACAAGGCCGCAAAACCUAUGUGGUAAAUAUGUUACGGAAUGCCUCAAAUCUGACCAUACUCACGGCCGAUAUGCAGGAUGCGGGCAUUUAUACUUGCGCAGCAGAGAACAAAGCUGGCAAAGUAGAAGCAUCGGUGACGUUGGCCGUUUCGCGGCGUCCACCUGAAGCGCCGUUGGGCGCAAAAAUUGUACUGCUUUGCAUUUUCAUUGCGCUGCUUUUUGUGGUGGUCUCAUCAUUUGCCGCAAUUUGCUUCUGCUCGCUGCGACGUAAGCGCAAAAUGCGACUGUGGAACUCAGUGCCGCCGGCGCGCACAGAGAGUUAUGAAAAAAUUGAGAUGACAUCUCGUGUCUGCGGUAGCAAUGCAAAUGGGCCGAAUGGUGGAAGUGGUGGCAGCGCAAUGGGUAAUCGGAAACCUGACUUGGGUGGCGGUUCAACAGGAGGUGGCGCGGAUGGUGCUGGCGGCUUCUGCAAUAUUAAUGGCGUUGGUGGUGGUAGUUUGUUUCCUAACGACGAAAACGAUUACCUGCAUACGGCCACUACCCCGCUCAAUUGUGGCUCAGAUGAUGGUGGUGAUACUGGUGUGGCGAUUGUGAACCCGAGUGGUGGCAGUGCCAAACGAAAUGGUGAUUACCGUAAUAUACCAACACACUGCGACGAUGACGAGGACUGCUUGGAUGCCAAUUAUCAGGCCACGAAAACGAAUUAUGCGGGCGGCAAACACGCAAAUCAAGCAUCAGCAGAGGCGCUUUGGAGAGCCGUAAAUGGUAGUGGUGGUGGGACAGCGGCGGUAGCGUCGGGGAUGCGGGCAAGCCCACAAGACACCAGACGUAAAGCGAGUGCGGGGAGCGCUGGUGCGGAAGGUGAUGGUAGCUUGGGGCCACAGCAGUCGGACUUGCAUAUACCAAGACUCAUCGAAAUUGGCGGAUCUGAGUCCACCUCGAGUUCGAUUUCAAGUCAAGUGGACGCAGCUGCACGCUUGGGUGGCUACAAACAUAUUCCCACUUGGACUACCACACCCAUCGCCACAACGAAAAUAACCUCACCCCACAGUAAGCACCAAGGAACUGUUGGUGCCAACAACAAUGCCUACUAUGGCAACGACGAUGUCAGCACUUCGGUAUUUUGUAGUGGUGACGGUGUCGAAAAUGAUCUUUUCGACAGCAACUACCCCGAUCUGCUGGAUAUUGCCAAAUAUGCAGUGGCGCAAGCGACCAACUGCAACAACAACAGCGUGCACUACAACGUAGCUGCAGGAGCGGGCAGUUCAACAAAUGGUGCACUUUGUACGCUACCGCGGAAAUUAAAAAAUACCGGCAAAUACUUUAGAAGCUCCUCGGAUAGUCAGUCACCGCUGCUGGCGGAUAAUUCAAGCAAAUAUGGUAGCAGCACAUUGGGUGAUGCCAGUUUCCUAAAUGAGCUAACUUUGGGCAGACGAUUUUCCGCUGAGUCGACCUACUCGAAUUAUGUUGGCACAGCUACAUACACCAGUGGGCAGCGAUCGAAUAGUUUUCUGAACUUGGUGCAAAGCACAAAUAAAGGAAAUUUGACGUUGAGUGGCAGUGGCGCUAUCGGAGCGACGGCAAUGGGAAGUAGUGGCGUGCGACGCAAUCCCAGUUUGCCCUCAUCGCCGAUACACGAUUCACAUCAACAUCAGCGUUCCUUUAGCUCAGCCGCAACGCCAUUGCUGGAUUUCUCCACGCUCACCUCACGUACGAGUGUCUCCACCACGCCUGCGCCCAGUGUUGCAGCCGUGUCGUCUUCGAUGCAUCCCACAACGAACACAUCGACGGUGGCAGCCUAUGACUACCAUGCGGCGCAACUAGAACGCUUUCUCGAGGAGUAUCGUAACUUGCAGGAUCAGUUGUGUAAAAUGAAAGAGACCUGCGACACGAUACGCAAGAAAGAAGCGCCGAUGCGUGUCUCUGUGGGACAUUCAGCACAACUGGCCGAUCCUGUGAUGUUCAAUGCGGCACUUGCGGCAAACAAUUCACCUGCUACGAACCCCAAAACGACAACGUUGAAGAGCAAAACGUUGCUGCCGGGCCAACCACCCGAUCCGCCACCUUAUUGGCUGCAUCGCAAUGCAAUGCUUAAACGGCUGAAUGAGUCACAAUCGGAUAUAUUCAAGAGCUAAUGAGACUGAGGUGAGGUGAAACGAUGUGAAACGAAGCAGCCAGGUUGGUGAGCAACAAGGCUUGAGGAGAGCCAUGGAGGGACUAUUUUGCAAGUAACCAAACUGAGAGUACUAUUGUUCUAGGGUAAAAAAAAAAGUUGAAAAAAUUGUACUGUCAAACGAGAAGUACUCGCAAAAUAUAUGCAUUAGGGUGAAGCACUUUUCAUACGAAGAAACAAAAACAAAAAAAUUUUCUCACGGUCUUUCCAUCGGAAUUGUAAAAUGUAUUAUAUUUUAAGACGUCUGCAAAAAAAAUUCGGAAAAUAUUAUAUUUGGUUUUAAGUGAGCUGGACCUAUUUAAAAAUACCUACAAAAAUGGAGUUUUUCUGUAAAUAAAACUGUAGAAAAAUAUUAUAUUAUUAAAAUAUUCCCAUAAAAAUAACCUCUGAUAAAUUUUUCUGGUAAUUAGAAAGGUGAGAGAAUAUCUUUCAAUAAUACCUUAGAAGCCUUAUCCUCCUAAAAAGUCAAAAAUUUUAAUAUCGUUCCAGGGCCGCUCUAACAUUUCAAUACCAUUUUUGCAGAACGAUUUAUAUUCUGCCUCAAAAUAGGCCUCAGUUCAGCGAUAACCUCUUUUUUCGAGCGAAAUUUCUUACCAGCGAGCAUUUUUUUUAGGUCUGCGAAUAGCCAGUAGUCGGUGGGAACCAAAUCUGGUGCAUGCGGUGGAUGUGGGAGCUAUGCGUAGUUCAAUUCAUUUUAAUUGAUUAGACAUAAUUUUUUUCUUAGGCCAUAUGCGGACGUUUCUUUGCAAUUUCGGCCGUCAAACGCUCCAAAAACGCUGUUGAUGGUGUUGAAUUGUCGGUGAAUAUUACCCCAUGCACAUCCCAAAAUACCGAGACCAUCAUAACCUUUUCUGCCGAUUGAUGUGAUUUUGCGCGCGAUGGACGAGGUUCGCCAGUGGCCGUCCUCUCAGAUGACGAUCGGUUUGAUUCCGGAGUGAAGUGAUGGGUCCAUAUUUCAUCCAACCUCUUUUUGGUUUUGGUCAAUAGUGAGAAAAUGCGGCACCCACUUUGAACAGAGCUUUCUCAUAGUCAAAUGUUCAUGCAACAUAAAGCCAACACAUCCUUUUGGUUUCUUUACGAUGCCUGCUAACUCACGAAAUUUCACUGUUCGAUCAUUUAAUACGAUUUUGCAUAUUUUUUGAUGUUUUCCGCUGUUAUCGACUCAUUUGGACGUCCACUGGGUUGUGCAUCAUCGGUGCCUCUACGACCACGUUUGAAGUCAGAAGACCAUUUUGUCAUUGUUUUUUAUGUUGAAGCAAAGUCCCAUAACACUUUUCAAGCUAUUUCUUCUCUUGAACGGUAUUUGUUCCCAUCAGGAAUCAGUGUAAAAUUAAAACACGAAAUUCGUUUUGAUUCAUUGUUUUGAAAAUAACAAAGUAGCGUCACUCUUAGCACAAUAACUCACGAACUAA